CAAACAGCAAAGGCUAUAUGGUAAAUAUACGUAAAUGGCACCAGGAACGGAUAAAUAAUGAUUGUGUACACAAGCAAGACUUAUCUGUAGAUGGAAUGCUCUCAUUACGAUCUGUAUUAUAUCAAGAUAAACGCGCCUCGUAAGUAGAAUGAUGAGAAGUGAAUAACCAUUACAGGCGCCCCGUCACCAGGUUGCCGGAAAUUUGGACAAAUCAAUCUUAUAAUAUUCGAGAUCAACUAUAAACUACAAGCAUGGACGAUACUUCACAGAACAUGCAGCUGGUAACUAAAAGCCGGAAGAAGACCAAAACUAAGGGCUGCAAAGUACCUCCCAUGUCGGAAGAGCGUAUUAACGAAUUGAAUGAGCUCAUGGUGACUUACAAUCCGCAUAAGAAUCGAAGAGAUUGCAGGGUAGAUGACUUGUGUCACCCCCCCUGGGCCUAUCCAGCUGAGAGCAUAGAUGACAAGACCAGUGUGGAGUUCAUGUUUCAUCCAGAUGUUUUUAAGACGAAUUCUUGCUUCCGUGGCGAGAACUGUACUAUGAGAGCUUGUGCUUUCCUGCAUCCGGGAGAGUAUUAUGUACCUCGCUGGAGGGCUUGUGGCGCAAUAUUUGACGGCGUGUUCUACCCACCGCUACCUAUUACCUAUGAAUGGUUUAAAUUUAUGAUGAUUGAAUAUAAGACUACAGGACCAUGCAUGGCAACUUAUACACACGACCAUGGCAGGUGUCAUUAUUAUCAUCGAGAUGCUAACGAUCGGGACUAUUUUUAUGAUCUCCGUCCACCGCUGGAAUACAACUUCGAUGCUGACACAUGGUUGAUUCUGCCCAAGGGUGCUACGCUAACCGCCCGGCAGUAUCAUCCAUCCACAUAUAAAAUCGAGGAAUGUCGUCGGAUAAGUAAUAGUCAGAAAUGUAGUAAAGGAAGGUAUUGUUCGUUCGGACAUUUAAAUAACGAGUUCCAGCGAAUCGAGGAACACUUCAGACGGCUAGCCGCCGAAUUCAGCAGCCAACAUAAGGAGAGCGAGGAUGGUCUGGAGCCGCCUUCAACCGAAACUUCAAACGAUGUACCGAAUGUAGACCGCUCUCAGACUGCAGAGGUUCCUGUAAGAUCAUUUACAGCUCUUAUUGUCAAUGAUUUAGCUCGACCAAAUCCGACCCUUCUUCAGAGUCAACCCUCUAGUGGAAAUGCUUGGACUGAUAUCGCCGGUAGAGCACCCGUAGCUGCUAUAUCGGCAACCUAUAUAUCCGUGAGCAAUGGUUUAGAAGUGGGGGGGACAUCUAUAAAUGGAAGUGUAGUAUCCGUGGAACCUGUUCUCGCCGUUGGCGGCAGUGACCAAGGGCCGGAUACGACGACAGCGCACGCGGGUAGUACAAUGCGCAUGGGUCCUGCAGAACGCCGUUCGUCUAUUUUGAAGCAGUCUCCAGGAGUUGCAGCUUCUUCAGUAAUGGGAAGAAAUAAUGGCACGAACACACUUCAUCAGCUUCCAAUGCGAGUGGCGGAUCAGCAUCGUAGCCAGAGUUCAAAUAUUAUACGACCACAAUAUGAUCAAUUUAAUCCGAUGCGUAUGCAAGAACAGUCUCAAUUCCCUCAAGCUUACCCACAGCAUACACAUCAGCAACAAGUGCAUGCCUCCAAUGAUGAUUGUAAUACUUUCAAGUACUCUGCGUACAUCAACGGUGGACACGUCCGCGGGGGUCCUCACCCAGGUGGCACAGGUAUGAUGCCACAACAGUCUUCAAAUCAGCAAUCACAUCUGCUGCAACAACAGCAGCAUUACCAAGGAGUUCAACAGCCACAGCAACCGCACCAAAUGACUUCACAAGCGAUAGGUGUAUCGCACCAUAUGAGUAAUAAUAGUAUCAAUAACAGCAUCGGACAGAGAGGCCCGUUCGGAUCUUUCCUUCCGCCAAAUACACACCAGAAUAGCACGAUAUUGGGAACACAAAGCGACAUGAAAGCCCUAUGGCACGAUCCGGUGUAUGAUCCCAAAGUUGAAGAUUUGGGUGAUGAAUCUUCUGCUCGCUCCGCAAUGAGCGGCUUUGAGGGUCAAGGACAGAACCUGCACGUUCACGGUCUCCAACAAGCCGUUCUGAGUCAACAUGAGCAACAGAUACAGCAAUUGCAGCGACAAGAGCAUCAAUCACACAGCCACCAACAUCAGUCUCAACAAAUAUCGGUUCAAAAUCUUGCUCACGCUCGUGAACAUCUUCCCGAUUCACUGACACAAGGUUUCGAGAGUCUGAAUUUGAAUAGUAGCACUGGUAAUAUAACACGCAGUGGUCACGCUCCUUCGUCGUAUGCUAUGCAGCAUCGGCAGCCACAAGUGAUGAACAACUCUUCCGCGUUUAGUAAUUUCGGAAGCAGUUGCGGAGGUAGCGGAGGCAAUAGCGGAUCCAGUAUGGCGGUAUAUAAUCAAGGGAUCAUCCACAACGAUGGGCACAUGGGUGUGGAGGGCAAUAGGUAUGGGAGCGUCGAUGCGCGCGCCUUCGCAGAGUACUAUCAAACACCAACCCAACAACCAGCAGCUGCGUCGGGGUUGGCCGCCAAAUCCUUGUCAUCGUUUGCACCACAAGGUACGAAGGCAGAUUGGGGAUAUAGUAUCUCCGGUGGUGUACUGCCUCAAUUGCCCGCCACAUCACGAUUUGAUGCUACUCCCGGCGCUAUGAACGUUGAUGGAAGUAGUAAGAGCAGUUUCAGCGGCACCUUGGCCGACAUGAGCGGUCCCAACGCAGGGGCGAUUGCUCAGCUGUUGAUGUCUGAUGAUGGUAUUAUAUCAAAUGGGGUAGUGGCAAAUACGGGCGGAGUGCGAGGUGAGGCUUAUUAUCUUAAUGAAGGUACAGCCUUGUCUCCAACAUCUUCUGAGCAGAGUAGAGUCUCGCCUAUAUCAUUCGGAGUACAUGACGCAUAUAAAGAAGAGGGGCUCGUCAAUACUAACAAUAUUAUCAAUAUAAGCAAUAAUGCCAGCAGCAACACAGACGCGGGAAAUGAAUCAUCACGAACGAUAUUUGCGAGUUCUGGUUGCAGGUCAGAGAGCGUGGAGAAAGUCCCGGUAAGUAGAUGGUCUAAAUCAGAGGUCCGGGAUUGGCUUGCCGGUCACGACCAAACCAUACUCAGAGAUCUGGCAGAUAUGUUGUACGAGAACGAUAUAGACGGGGACUUGCUGUUACAACUCAACGGAGAAAACAUGAAGACGGAUCUGAAUAUAACGAGUUUAGGCAAACGUAAAAAGCUGGAAGCUGCUAUCCUGCAGAUUCGAAAAUGAGCGAAGCUUCGCUUAUACAGAAAACCAGUAUUUACAUCAUAUUGGCGGGGGAAGAACAUUUUACCUCAGCUAUUAACUUUACAAUUCAAUAAAAGACAUACAAUAUAUAUGCC